GCACACUUCACCAGGCAUCAGCACAGCCAUGCUACCUCUUGCCGACACUUCCACCUAGGGGCCCCUCAGGCGCCCAUCUCAGCUGAGUUCCCCCUGGGUCACGUCAGCCAACCCCCCCAGACUGGCCUGGCCCCUCACCUGCCCCCGGCCCCCCACCACCCUCCGCCCCUGCCGCCCCCCCCUCAGUUCCAGGACGUCACUGGGCCUCCGUUCCUACCUCAGGCCUUACACCAGCAAUACCUCAUCCAGCAGCAGCUUCUAGAGGCGCAGCACCGCAGGAUCCUCCCACACUCCAGGUAAGACCACACACACACUUUUUUUAAGCUCACUCUCCUAGACACGUGCGCACACACUUGCAUGCUCCAUUGGACACACAUUUACAGGCCUGCUUUGUCUCUUUCUUUCACUCACACACACUCUUGAGUCACUGAGAUGGCCAGACACUAGAACACUACACCCCCUCCUAUUUCCAAAUGCUAAUGUAUGUAAAUGCCUCCUCCGUGCAGACGAACUCUGGAGCGCGUUCCUCUGAACCCUCACAGACUCCGCUCUGGGUACGACUACUCCCCUCCCAUCCACGUCCCACAGCCAAUCAGCCAGCAGCCUCGCUACCUGGCUGAAGGCACAGACUGGUGAGUCACAGUUUGAAAUUAAACGGGAAGCCUUGGAGACGAUAAGUCAUCGUUUCAUCCCUCCAUCUGUCUGGCAUUAGUGGUGUAGGUUUAUGUGUCUCUCCCCCUGUCUGUAUGGAGCACCUCGGGAGUGUUUAUGGAUGUGGGUAGAAGUUACUCAUAAGGACAGAUCUAGGAUUAGCAAACCCAUUCCAAAUCUUAACCGUUUGGGAGGAAAAUGCUAAACUGUGAUCAGUGUUCAUUUUACUCUGUGUUGAUGUUAAUCUAGGUCUCUGUCCUGUGUGUGUCUCUCUCUCUCUCUGUGUCUCUCUCUCUGUGUGUCUCUCUCUCUCUCUCUGUCUGUUCGUAGGGACCUCAGUGUGGACGCUGGCCUCUCUCACCAUCAGUACCAGCUCCAGCAGCUUCCACAGCACUAUCAGCAUUACCUGGCAGCAUCCCCCAGAAUGCACCACUUUCCCAGAAACACCUCAUCUGCACAAGUGGUACAUUCAUGACUGUUGGCUGUUGUGGUUGGUCUCUGCUUGUCUAUGUUGACUGUUUAGUGGCUGUGUUGUUGAGACUGUCUGUGUGCUGCCUGUUGGUUGUUUGAUGUCUGCCUUUCUGUCUUUUCGUCCAUCAGUGAUUCGGUGCUUGGUCCUGUGUUGUCCAACAGAGUUCUGUUAACUGUUCAUGACUGACGUGUCUUCUUUUGUGUGUUUGACAGGUUGUGCAUGAGAUCAGAAACUACCCGUACCCCCAGCUCCACCUGUUGGCUUUGCAGGGCCUCAACCCCUCACGUCACGCUUCCGCUGUACGAGAGAGCUAUGAGGUAAAUGUCCAUCUCUAUAUCAAUUUGACCAAUAUCUAUACUGAACAAAAAUAUUAACGCAACAUGCAACAAUUUCAAAGAUUUGACUGAGUUAGAGUUCAUAUAAGGAAAUCAAUCAAUUUAAAUAAUAAUAAUUAAUUAGGCCCUAAUCUAUGGAUUCCACAUGACUGGGCAGGGGCACACCCACUGGGGAGCCAGGCCCAGCCAUUCAGAAUGAGUUUUUCCCCACAAAAGGGCUUUAUUAAAGACAGAAAUACUCCUCAGUUUCAUCAGCUGUCCGCGUGUGAAGAAGCCGGAUGUGGAGGUCCUGGGCUGGCGUGGUUACACGUGGUCAGCGGUUGUGAGGCCGGUUGGGCCUACUACCAUAUUCUCUAAAACGACAUUGGAGGUGGCUUAUGGUAGAAAUUAACAUUCAAUUAUCUGCCAACAGCUCUGUUGGACAUUCCUGCAGUCAGCAUGUCAAUUGUGUGCUCCCUCAAAACGUGAGACAUCUGUGGCAUUGUGUUGUGUGACACAACUGCACAUUUUAGUGGCCUUUUAUUGUCCCCAGCACAAGGUGCACCUGUGUAAUGAUCAUGCAGAUUCUUGAUAUGCCACACCUGUCAAGUGGAUGGAUUAUCUUGGCAAAGGAGAAAUGCUCACUAACAGGGAUGUAAACAAAAUUGGAGAGAAAUACACUUUUUGUGCAUAUGGAAGAUUUCUGGGAUAUUUUAUUUCAGCUCAUGAAACAUGGGACCAAACCUUUACAUGUUGCGUUUUAUAUUUUUGUUCAGUAUAUAUUAAUGUUAUUGCUUGUGUUACACAUGGAUACUAUACUUGUUUUUAAUGGUUAAGCUUUAAUGGCAAGAUUUAAUUAUAUGUUACCUUAUACCAGUGCUGACCGGUUGCUACUUGCAGAGGUGUAGUGAAGUUAUCUGUCUAAAGCCUUGCUCUCCUGUGCCCUAGGAGCUGUUGCAGCUUGAAGACAGGCUGGGAAGUGUCAGUAGGGGAGCUGUUCAGACCACCAUAGAGAGAUUCACCUUCCCACACAAAUACAAGAAGGUGAGGAGGCAGCUCUCUGAGUUACAAAUAUAUACACACACAAGUGGAGCUACAAGCAACUGCCAAAAUAAUGUAAACACUUGAGUAAAUGAGCAAUACAAAGAAUAUUGAAAGCAGGUGCUUCCACACAGGUGUGGUUCCCAAGUUAAUUAAGCAAUUAAUAUCCCAUCAUCCUUAGGGUAAUGUAUAAAAAUGCUUGCAGGCCAUUAUUUUGGCUACCAUGGCUAUGCCUCAAUCAACAGGGCACGAGUGGUCACCGAAUGUUUGGAUGAACAUGAAAACGAAGUAAACCAUAUGCCAUGGCCAUCUGUCACCCGAUCUCAACCCAAUUUAACACUUAUGGGAGAUUCUGGAGUGGCACCUGAGAUGGCGUUUUCCACCACCAUCAACAAAACACCAAAUAAUGGAAUUCUCGUGGAAGAAUGGUGUCGCAUUCCUCCAAUAGAGUUUCAGACACUUGUAGAAUCUAUGCCAAGGUGCAUAGAAGCUGUUCUGGCUCGUGGUGGCCCACGCCCUAUUAAGACAAUUUAUAUUGGUGUUUCCUUUAUUUUGUCAGUUACCUGUAUAUUGCAAAUGUAACUAGUGGGAAUUUAAUGUCUUAACCAUUAGACCGAGAGGACAUCUUCAAGGUCUGAGGGCUUACAAGUCUCACAGGGCUACCUCACUACGAGAGCAUGAUUCCAAAUCACCCCCGCUACACAAAUUCAUCAUAGAUACAAGUACAGGUUAGAAUUCUGUGUGGUAUUGUACUGUAUACAAACUCAAAGUUUUCAAAAAGCAAUGUCGCUUACAUCUGAAGCCUUAGUGGUCUCUUUAAAAACUCUUGACCCUGUCUGAUUCUAAUCUGAAUACAGUGCCUUGCAAAAGUAUUCAUCCCCCUUGGCGUUUUUCCUAUUUUGUUGCAUUACAACCUGUAAUUUAAAUGGAUUUUUAUUUGGAUUUCAUGUAAUGGACAUACACAAAAUAGUCCAAAUUGGUGAAGUGAAAUGAAAAAAAUAACUUGGUUCAAAAAAGUCUAAAAAAAUAAUAACGGAAAAGUGGUACGUGCAUAUGUAUUCACCCCCUUUGCUAUGAAGCCCCUAAAUAAGAUCUGGUGCAACCAAUUACCUUCAGAAGUCACAUAAUUAAUUCAAUAAAUUAUUAAAUUAAAUAAAGUCCACCUGUGCGCAAUCUAAGAGUCACAUGAUCUGUCACAUGAUCGCAGUGUAUAUAUACACCUGUUCUGAAAGGCCCCAGAGUCUGCAACACCACUAAGCAAGGGGCACCACCAAGCAAGCGGCACCAUGAAGACCAAGGAGCUCUCCAAACAGGUCAGGGACAAAGUUAUGGAGAAGUACAGAUCAGGGUUGGGUUAUAAAAAAAAUAUCAGAAACUUUGAACAUCCCACGGAGCACCAUUAAAUCCAAAAUGGAAAGAAUAUGGCACCACAACAAACCUGCCAAGAGAGGGCCGCCCACCAAAACUCAAGCAAGGAGGGAAUUAAUCAGAGAGGCAACAAAGAGACCAAAGAUAACCCUGAAGGACCUGCAAAGCUCCACAGUGGAGAUUAGAGUAUCUGUCCAUAGGACCACUUUAAGCCGUACACUCCACAGAGCUGGGCUUUACGGAAGAGUGGCCAGAAAAAAGCCAUUGCUUAAAGAAAAAAAUAAGCAAACACGUUUGGUGUUCACCAAAAGGCAUGUGGGAGACUCCCCAAACAUAUGGAAGAAGGUACUCUGGUCAGAUGAGACUAAAAUUGAGCUUUUUGGCCAUCAAGGAAAACGCUAUGUCUGGCGCAAUCCCAACACCUCUCAUCACCCCGAGAACACCAUCCCCACAGUGAAGCAUGGUGGUGGCAGCAUCAUGCUGUGGGGAUGUUUUUAAUCGGCAGGGACUGGGAAACUGGUCAGAAUUGAAGGAAUGAUGGAUGGCGCUAAAUACAGGGAAAUUCUUGAGGGAAACCUGUUUCAGUCUUCCAGAGAUUUGAGACUGGGACGGAGGUUCACCUUCCAGCAGGACAAUGACCCUAAGCAUACUGCUAAAGCAACACUCGAGUGGUUUAAGGGGAAACAUUUAAAUGUCUUGGAAUGGCCUAGUCAAAGCCCAGACCUCAAUCCAAUUGAGAAUCUGUGGUAUGACUUAAAUAUUGCUGUACUCCAUCCAACUUGAAGGAACUGGAGCAGUUUUGCCUUGAAGAAUGGGCAAAAACCCCAGUGGCUAGAUGUGCCAAGCUUAUAGAGACAUACCCCAAGAGACUUGCAGCUGUAGUUGCUGCAAAAGGUGGCUCUACAAAGUAUUGACAAGCCACUGUAUGUCAUUUGAUUGGUCCACAGAGGAAGCCUCUAGAUAAGAAGAUUGGCGAGGAGGGUGAGGAGACUGAUGUGGAUGAGAAAUGUACUAUCUGCCUGUCGAUGCUGGAGGAGGCAGAGGACGUCAGGUAAUGACUGUCAGGUUACUCCGAAUAUUGAAUAAUGUCUGCAACACUAACCUAUUGCAGCAUAUCAAAUUCGAAGAACCUGCUGAACAAGUGUGAUGUGCAUGCUGUAUAUUUUCUCUUUCAGUAUGUGUGAGUUGAAGACCAGACGAUUGACCUCCUCCCUUCACUCUCUUCCUUUUCUCUCCCGUCUCACCUGUCCAGGCGGUUACCCUGCAUGCACCUCUUCCACCAGGGCUGUGUGGACCAGUGGCUGGCGACCAGCAGGAAGUGUCCAAUCUGCCGCGUGGACAUCGAGACGCAGCUCCACCCGGACAGC